GCCCGUGUCCCUCCCACCGUCGUUUUUACAUUUCGAUGAAAUCGCCAAGAGUUUUCUGUAUCGUUCACAUGCCGCCUCUGCCGCUGGAUUCACCUGGAGUGGUUAUUUAAUCCCCUCUGUGCUGCGCUUGGGUUGAACGCAUGGCUUGGAUCGGUGUAAAUAUCAGUAACGUCUCUUCGGAGAGUGCACUGUUUGGUGACGAUCCUCGGGAUGAGCGCUUGGCGCAGGUGGAAAUCGCCCUUCUCGCCAUCAUCUUCAUCACAGCGGGGAUCCUAAACUUUGGGAUCUUGCUGGUGCUGUGGAAGCGCAGGAAGCCGCUUUCCAGAAUGCGCGUCUUCGUUUUCCACCUGUGCGUCGCUGACUUGGUGGUCACAUUUUUCCAAGUCUGCCCCCAACUCAUCUGGGACAUCACCGACAGGUUCAUCGGUCCAGAUGUGCUGUGUCGGGCGGUAAAGUACCUGCAGGUGGUCGGGAUGUUCGCCUCCACGUACAUGAUCGUAGUGAUGACCAUAGAUCGGUACCAAGCCAUCUGCAAUCCCAUGGUAACUUUCCAGAGGCGCAGGGCGCGCUGGAACGGUCCGGUGUGCGCCGCCUGGUGCGUCUCCGUCCUCUGCAGCCUCCCGCAGGUCUUCAUCUUCUCUCGGGUCGAGGUCGCUCCCGGCGUGUACGAUUGUUGGGCGCAGUUCAUCGAGCCGUGGGGACGGAGAGCCUACGUAACCUGGACGACUUUGGUGAUAUUCGUCCUGCCAAUUCUCACCGUGAUCGUGUGCCAGGUGCGCAUCUGCCGCGCAGUGCAGCUUAACUUCCACAUGAAGACGCACCACGUCGGGGAAGCGGUCAGCAAGCCUCCGUCAUCGAGGGCCAGCAGCGUGGCAGGAGUGUCCAAGGCCAGGGUGAAGACGGUGAAGAUGACCGUGGUCAUCGUGCUCGCAUACAUCCUCUGCUGGACACCUUUCUUCACCGUGCAGCUUUGGUCUGUCUGGGACGACGAGGCACCCACACAGAGUGCAACCUUCACCAUCUUGAUGCUGCUUGCCAGUUUAAACAGCUGUGUGAACCCCUGCAUCUACAUGCUGUUUAGCGGAAAGCUACCCAAAAGGGUGGUCAGCCUGCUUUGUGUAGGUCAGCCUGACCUGAAGGAGUCCAUGCAGGAAGAAGCCACUGUGGUCAGCUCCAUGUACAUCAGCCUCAAGAGCCUAUCGGACUGCAGAUGAAAGCCUCGAUGAUCACACACUGAUUACACCUCAUUUCGCAUUUUCGUGUGAAAGUACGGUUCCCUCAUGGUAAAGACUGAAACUCUUCUAAUAAGUGUGAAGGCAAACAGCCUAGCAGUGUAAUGUUCCUACUCUACAGAUGAUCACUGCAUACAACGCUUUCAUACAGAAAAUGCCAGACACACGAUCUUGCACAUCACAUUUUGAAAACAUUUUUCAAAUUAAAAGAACAAAAACAAUAAAAAAAAAAUAGCUGUGACUGAAAUAUGUCCUCAAGUACUGGAUAAAUUCACUAAAAUCCCAAAUUUGACAUUCGUGGUGCUCAGAGGAAGAGGAAGAGUCUCUCUGCAAGCACUAACCUGAGCUUGAAUAUUACUUUGACUUUAUUAGCAGGAAAUGCUCAGAUAUGAAUGGUCUCCAGCUGAUAAUAACUUGAGCAGUAGCGUUUUCUUCUGGCACCGUUAUCAGGUAGGAGUUUUAUUUUGUCUGAGACCAGCUGACGAGUAAAAACCUCGAAAGCCAAUAAUCACAUCCCCACCAGCUUCAGUUGUGAUUUGAUUAAAAAGACUGUGGUGCAUGACUCGAAAUGUUGUUUCUGAUAUUUUACUGCGUUGAAUAUUUUCCCCAAAAAGGUUGUUUAUCAGCUGAUCUUGUGAAAUGUUUCACCUAAAUGCGAUUGUUCCCGUGUCUGUGUUUAAAUAUCUCGUAUGUCAUCUGAAUUAAAUACUUCAAGCUCCUUUUACGCCCAUGUGUACAUACGAUCAUGUGUAUGACAGUGUCCGACCUACACUCGGUGGCUGAAAUAGUUAACAGGCGACAUCAAUAGUACUUAUUUUCAGACACUCUGUGUUCAGUGCCCCUAGAGAGUCAUUGAUACAUGUUGCCAUUUUUCCUUUCAUCCCCCAAGAAUCUAGGGCUGUGAUUUCUGAUGACUUGUUUCUUUCUUCCCAUCGGCACCGUCACGUUGAGAAAAGAAAAAAUCCCUUUGGAUUUAAAGCUCAACUGUUUAUUUGCACUCGGAGGCCUCGGUUACACAUACUUCUGUUUGCUCACUUUAUAUUUAGGCCUCAAAUUUUCUGCUGAAGAUCACUUAAUAGCGUUUCCAUCUUCCACGUGGAGGAUGGAAUGCGAGCGUAUGUAAUUAUUCAAUCGUGCGCUCUAUAUUAUUAUACAACAUAUCAUUAGAACUCACGGAGAGCGAGGUGGGAAAGAUUAGCAAAAACCCAGCAUGCGGCACAUCUUUCUGAAGCGAGCGGUUGAAGAUGUGCAUCUUCUGUGUGUAAUUUGCUAGCCAGGAGAACUUAAUAAAACAUUUCUGUGAAACAUCAUUACGGCCACAAGAAAUGCGCUUCUGUGCUUUCAUUAGGCUGCACAGACAAAUCCGACACAAAUUGUCCAACAAUAAAUCUGCUUUUACCCUCAUCAGCGAGCGCCCAGCAGGGACUCGGCAGGGACAUUUAACAGUAAUAAGAACAACGGCUGCUGGGCGCUCGUGAGGUCAUUAAUAUUUAAACCAAUCAGCGCACCCCCUAAAAUAUAAAUGGUUCCCUACACCAAGACCAAAAGUUCACCAUAGAACUUGAUAAAUAAAAAUAUUGGCCACCCCACUUCAGUUUUCAUGCAUUACA